AUGUGUGUUGCCUUACAACAUGGGGUGAAGCUAGCCUACGAGCUGCCUCAGGACAUCCCUGCAACCGUCGGGACAACCUACAAUAGUGCUGUGUGGGCUGGACAACCUCCACACAGCGAGCAACCAAGAAUGAGUGAUCAGCUGAAGCCCCUGCUGACGUCCCUGUCCCUGGUGCACUCUCUGCUGCUGCACCGGCGCAAGUACGGCAUCGCAGCCUUCACAGCGCCUCACCACUGGAACCAGGGCAGUCUCAGUGCUGCUGUGGAGUUACUACAAGGGCUUGUUCAAGGUUGUCAAACCGACAGUCCUGAUGGUUUCUCAGAGGGCUACGAAACGCUAGUGGGAGACCUGGUGUACGGAGGAAGGGUCAGCGACCCGAUGGACAUGGAUGUUGUGACCUCUAUGGUCAAGCAGUGGACAGUCGGGCUGGACCCAAACAACACUGGAAACGGCACCAUCGUCUCAGCACUGCUGUCAAACGUGAAGGGAGCGAUGCAUGCUGGGCCACAGGCCAGCCAGAACAAGGCUGACCUGAACUCUGACCCCACGCUGGUUGGGCUGGAUGCUUCGGCCGCUCAGGUGUUUCACCUGCAGAAAAGCAGGAACACGCUUGAUGAGUUAGAGAUGAUCACAGGUGUGCAUGGGAUCAGAACCCCGUUCAUGACCCAGUAUGAUGGGACCCUCACCCUGCUGGAGAAACUGCAGUCAUAUCUACAGGACGUUCCUGAGAUUCAACACACACCACAGGAGGGCGCAGUGGGCAGGGCUGAGUUUGUACAAGAGUUUUUCACGACUGAAGUUGAUCACUACAAACAGCUUCUCCAGCGCGUGACAUCGGACGUGAGGACGAUGCAGAGCGCCCUGAGGGGGGAGGUCGGGCUGACAGCAGAGAUGGAACAGCUGCUGUCAUCUGUGGUACAGCACAGGGUACCCCGGUCAUGGAUGGUUGGCAGCUACCCAACAGCCACUGGGCUGGCAGACUGGGUUCAGACCCUGCAGGCGAGAGUAGAGGCCUUACAACAGUACGCACAAGCGGAGGGCGGCCCCAUGGCCGUGAACUUGGCAGCCUUCUCCAACCCCGUAGGUUUCCUGGACGCAGUCCUGCUGCAACACUGCAGACAACAGUUCAGGGACGUGCAGACAUUCAAGUAUGAGGUCGAGGUCAGUCAGUUUUGGAACCGAGUGACCUUGCAACCUCACGACCUUCCAGCGGAAUCUACCUGUCCGGUCUGCAUGUUCAUGGUGCAUUGUGGGAUGGCAAACAUGGCGGCCUCCAGCCCCCACCCAGGGAACGCGUUACCUGUAGUCUGCCCAAAGUCUGGAUGA